AUGGAGGCUGAGUUGCUAACUGCCCGGUCCCACACACUGGUGACCUUCAAGGACAUACUUGUGAACUUCACCAGGGAAGAGUGGAAACUGCUGGACACUGCUCAGCAGAUCAUGUACAAAGAUGUGAUGCUGGAAAACUACAGAAACCUGGUGUCUUUAGGGCAUCAGCUUCCCAAACCAGAUGUGAUCCUGCGGUUGGAGAAGGGGGAGGAGCCGUGGCUGGUGGAGAGAGAGAUUCACCAAGAGACCCAUCCAGAUUUGGAAACUUCCAUUGAAAUUAAAUCAACUUCCACUAAGAGCAUUUCUAAUGAUAAAUACUCUUGUGAUGUUAAAAUGGAAAGAAUGGCAAAGAGUGAUCUCUGGUAUUUGUCACUGGAAGAAGUCUGGACUUGUGGUGGUCAGUUGGACAGGCCCCAGGACAGCCAGGAGAGACAUCUGAGGCACCGUCUUAUCCAUACUGGAGAAAAACCUUAUGAAUGUAAGGAAUGUGGAAAAUCUUUCAGCCGAAGUUCUCACCUCAUAGGACAUCAAAAGACUCAUACUGGUGAAGAACCAUAUGAGUGUAAAGAGUGUGGAAAAUCCUUCAGCUGGUUCUCUCACCUUGUUACCCAUCAGAGAACUCAUACAGGAGACAAACUGUACACAUGUAGUCAGUGUGGAAAGUCUUUUGUUCACAGCUCUAGGCUUAUUAGGCACCAGAGAACUCACACUGGAGAGAAACCCUAUGAAUGUCCUGAAUGUGGGAAAUCUUUCAGACAGAGCACACAUCUCAUUCUGCAUCAGAGAACUCAUGUUAGAGUGAGGCCCUAUGAAUGCAGUGAAUGUGGGAAGUCUUACAGCCAGAGAUCUCACCUUGUUGUCCAUCACAGAACUCACACUGGGCUGAAACCCUUUGAGUGCAAAGACUGUGGAAAAUGCUUCAGUCGAAGCUCUCACCUUUUCUCACAUCAGAGAACCCAUACUGGGGAGAAGCCAUACGAAUGUCAUGACUGUGGAAAAUCCUUCAGCCAAAGUUCUGCCCUCAUUGUGCACCAGAGAAUUCAUACUGGAGAGAAACCAUAUGAGUGUUGUCAGUGUGGGAAAGCCUUCAUUAGAAAGAAUGACCUUAUUAAGCAUCAGAGGGUUCAUGUUGGAGAUGAGACCUAUAAAUGUAAUCAGUGUGGAAUCAUCUUCAGCCAGAACUCUCCACUUAUAGUGUAUCAAAUAGCUCAUACUGGAGAGCAGUUCCUAACAUGUAAUCAGUGUGGGACAGCACUUGUUAAUACCCCUAAUGUUAUUAGAUACCAGACAAAUCUUAUUAGGGAAAAUGCAUAUUAA